AUGGACUGUGCACAGGAACCAGAAGGGCUGAGACUUCAGGCAGAACCAGUUACCGACACCAUUCUUGAGAUUGGACAGAGACUGUUCCAAGUCAAUCGUGGUGCACUAUCUCUCCACAGUCGCUAUUUUGAGGCCAUGUUUUUUGGGGGCACUAGAGAGAGCUCCGAACACCACAUAGUGAUCAGAGGAGUAGAUGCAGAGACUUUCCAAGUGCUUCUCGAGUUCACUCGCACAGCCAAGGUGCUCAUAACUCUGCACAAUGUCACCCGCCUGCUGGAAACAGCUGACUUCCUCCAGUUUGAGAGAGUGAAAAGGAUGUGUGAGAAGUUCCUGGAGAGGGAGCUGCAUGUUUCCAACUGUCUGAGCCUGAUGGCCUAUGCCCAAUGCUUUGCCUGUCCAGAGCUUCAUGCAUCAGCUCUAGGCGUGGCUCUCACGCACUGGACGGAAGUGACUUCUCAGGAAGAAUUUAAGAAGCUUCCCAAAGAAAUUUUGCUGCAGCUCCUGCAAAACGAUGACCUCUUUGUUCCCCGAGAGGAUGUCGUUUUUGAUACUGUGAUGAAAUGGAUAAUGCAGGACCCAGCAUCUAGGGAGGAGGCCUUCUUGGACUUGGUGGGGCAGGUCAGGGUAACCUUUCUGAGUCUUUCCUUCCUCGAUACUUUGGUGAAACAAAGCAAAUGUCCUGGAGAGAAGGAUACCUCUGCCAGGCUGCUAAAGAAGUUAGACAGCUGCCCUCCGCUCAGCUGGAGGAACGUGGAGCUGUCUCAUUGCACCAGCAGAAGCUAUGAGACCCUAUAUGUUCUGGGAGGGAAGCAUGAUAAGGAACAGCAAGAAUUGUUUCAAUUUCAACCUAAAUCUGGCACCUGGCAUCUUUGCUCCCCGCUGCAGCGCAGGAACCUCAUCCAGUAUGCAGUGGCAGCAGUAGGGAACUUCCUUUUUGUCACAGGAGGUUAUUUCCGAGAUGCGUUUGUGUGGUACAGCGUGGACUGGGUGUUGAUCUAUAAUUGCUGGGAGAACAACUGGCUGGAAGGGCCUGCUAUGAAGCAGUCUCGCAACAGUCAUUGUGCCGUAGGGGCUGGGCUCUAUCUGUACGUGCUUGGAGGGAGCACAGAUGAGGGCAUAAUCCCAGAUGUGGAGCGCCUGGCAUUAAUGGACUCGCAAUGGCAAAGCAUGAGCCCCAUGGUUCAGCCUGUGGAGAGAGCAGGUGCAGUCAGUGUGGGGACCAGGCUUUACGUGGUCUGUGGCCUGGAUGAAAAGGGAGAUGUGUAUGGUGGAGUGCAGAGACUGGACAUGGAGAAGGAUGUUUGGGAUGUCAUCUCCUUCUCACCACUUCCCAGGUAUGACCUCUGUGUUACAGCUCUGAAUGGAGCGCUCUACACCAUAGGAGGUGGAGCCUUUCGCUUUGAUAUGGACACAGAUGAAUGGACCCAAGUGGAUGAAGAGUGCCUGACUCAGAAAUUCUUCAUGGGAUGCAGCACCACGAAUGGCCAAAUUUAUCUCCUGGGACAGAGGAAGGGGAACAUGGCUGUCCCCAACAUGGUGCUCUUUGACCCUUACACUGACACAUGUCAGGUGGUAGAUAGCAAAUUCCCUUGCCCCGUUCCUAUUUAUGGGUGUGUCUCUAUACGAAGAUUUGACACAUGA